AUGGCGGAAACACAACAGAGUGAGAAUCAAGGCGUUAAGGAGGUUGAGAUCGCAGAAGUAACGAAAUUUCUGCAAUCCCUGAAUUUGCUGCUCACGGAAAAUCGAGAUAUCUUGACGAUUUUGCCAGAAUUGAUUCGCAAACAAGUCCACGAACUUGAAGCGCACUCAACACAAAAUACCAGAACUGUCUCAGCCGAUAACACUGGGAACCAGGGCGAUGCAAACUAUUUUACAAGCAAAUACAAAGACCUCAAAGCAAAAUCAAGAACAACGCACAAAGAGUUAAUGGCCAAGCAAGAAAGAAUUGAAGAGCUUGAAAGAAAACUGGAUUCAAAGCAGGAGGAAUAUGACAAAGAAAAAGAACAAAUCACGCAAAAAUUGGCUGAGAAAGAGAACAUAGUGAAAGAACAGAAAAAAGAGAUAAGACUCUCAAAGGAAGAACACAAGAAAACAUUUGAAGCCCAACUAACGGGGCGGCAUGAACUGGAGGCCAGAGUUUCAGAGCUUGAUAAAGAACUUGCUUCCAAGGAGGAUGUCUUCAAGGAGCAAAAGCAGCGCCUGGAGAAAGAACUUGCGGAAUGUGAAAAAACACUUCGUUCAGAGAAAUUAGAACGAGAAAGGGCGAAAAAACAUUAUGUUGAUGAGUUGAGAGACAAAGAAACAAAGAUGAGAACUCUAGGAGCGAGGAACGAGAAGUUAAGUGCUGAUGUGAAGAAAAAGGACAUGGAAUUGCGUCAUUACAUUGAGAGUUUUCAACGCCAAGAAGUAACUUAUAAAAGUGACUUGACCCUAAAAGAAACGGAAAUAAGCAAAACCAAGGAAAGAUUGUCUCACAGAGAGAAAGAAGUCAAAACUCUUAUACACGAGGUCCAGCGGUACAAGUCCAGGCUUGCUAGUUUGUGUGAAAAACGAGUAAAUCAAGAUCAGAGAAGUGUGGAGAAUGUUCUUGCAUCAAACCGGCCGUCUGACGUGGAAAGGGAUUUCAAGGAAUUUUUUGAUGGUUCAAGAGAAGAUGCCCGAGACGUAAUUCAGUCUAUAUAUGGAUCAGAAGAGAAAAAAGACGUUCAUAUCUAUUAUCCAAGAAUAGUGUGCACGAUAUUAGUGGCUGCAUAUGAGGUCACUAAGAAUGUGAAGGAAGCCGUACUCGAUUUAUUCAAAGUGUCGACUAAAAAGCUGAUUUUGAAGGCUCCGGAAGUUGGUCAAAAUUAUAAUCUCACUAGGAUGGAUGACAAUUUUGUUUUCAAUCCAAUUACCAUCGAUGUUUGUGACAAGUCAGAGGAAUCGACUGACGUCAUCGAUGCCCUGCUGAACUCGUUGAAAGAAUCUGCUCAUAUAUGCAACCUUAAAUGCCUAGAAAAUGACGUACGUGAACACGCCUGGAAAAUAUGGAAUGAGUGGUAUAAAGAGAAUUCAUCAUUCACACUCGCACCUACUCAAGAAGUACUAACAGAACUCAUUAGGAGUGGCUACAUAGAGGCAUGCUUACGUUUAGCAUGGAGAAUGGUUACACAGCGGCCACCCUUGCGACUGGAAUACAAUUCCUCCAUUUUCGAUCACCACAUUCAUAAGAAAGCCAAGGGCGAUACAUCACAGGAAGAAAUUACGUGUUAUCUGUGGCCUUGUCUCUUUGAUGGAGGAGCAAAACUUAUCUGUCCUGGAUUGGUUCUGUGCAAAAUGUAACGAAAUAUAU